GGGUUUUUUGAUGCUAAUGACAAUGGGCAGUCUGUCUUCACCGGGCAACGGAAUUAGCAGGAAACUCCCUUGGAAGGUUAAUGGUAGCUGUAUUUUCUGGAGGCUUUGAUUUAGUCAAGAGUAAGAGAAUUUCAGAUACAAUUUCUUUAACAUCUUCUGUAGCUCAAAUGUUUUCACUGUAAGAUAAUCUGUAUAUAAACUCUGGGAGCCCAACUGGGUCCACACGGGGAAAAGGGCUUGUUUAAAUGUCUAAAGAGAGAAGCGUAACUGAAAACUUGGGAUAAGUCCAAACAUGCACCUCUGACUGCUUGCUGUGGAGAAUGAAGCGAUGCCUGGGGCACCGAGGUUAGCGAUUACAGGCAGGCAAGAAAGGUCAAGAAAUGGUUCUUCAAAAAACUCGAGAGAAGGCAAAUGAGAGAGGAAUAAUCGCUUUUUUUUAAGGUGGGCACGAUGCCAUGGGAGAACGUGCACAUCGGCCCUAGCCAGGCGGUCCACGAUCUGGGGUCUGGGAGCCAGAUUUGGGGCACUUCAGUAGUGUCCGGGUUCCAGCAUGAUUGCUGUGCGUAUUGCUCACGUUUGUUCCUCAAACACAAAGUGAGGACAACAAUACCUAACUCGUGGAGUUGUUAAGAAGAUUAAUACCGGCGGCAGGGCGUCCAGCCCCGAGCAAGUGCUCACUAGAUGUGUUCUUUCCCGGAUGGGUGGGGUGGAGAGAAGACUCCUCAAGAGGGCUCCAAAACUCGCGUCAUUCGCCACUUCGGCUGGCUUAUAAAAGCGCCUCAGUAUCAUUUUUACUUUCUCUUCUUUCGGAAGAAGCCUCACCCUGCCCAGCUGGGGAACCUCACCCUCUCGGGGGCUAGAACUCAGCGGGAGCCGUACGGGUGGCCGCCACGGUCGCCAGCAGAUCCGCCCGUGCGCUGUUCGCUUUCUUUCCAUUCGGUUGCCGUCGCGGUUGACUUUACAUCUGACGCAGGGAUCGGGUUGGUGACCUCGGUCCUGGGGACCCAGAGCCGAGCGGGAAACCGAAACCUCUGGGCUCCGCUAACAGCGGGGAGCGCGCAUUCGCGGGCCCGUGGCGCGCCCAACUCGAGCACCGCCCGCGCCCGCCCCCGCCCCCGGGGCUCUUGUAAGUUUCGAUUCUCCCCGGAGCAGAGUCCCGCGCCUCGCGGCCUGGCCAGAGCAGAGCCAUGGCGGACCCUGAGGUGUGCUGCUUCAUCACCAAAAUCCUGUGCGCCCACGGGGGCCGCAUGGCCCUGGACGCGCUGCUCGACGAGAUCGUGCUCUCCGAGGCGCAGCUCUGCGAGGUGCUGGAGGCGGCCGGGCCCAACCGCUUCGUGAUAUUGGAGACCGGCGGCGGGGCCGGGGUCACCCGGUCCGUGGUGGCCACUACCGGAGCCCGGGUCUGCCGUCGCAAGUUCUGCCAGAAAAGCUGCGGAAACCUGCACCUCUGCAAGCUCAACCUGCUGGGCCGAUGCCACUAUUCGCAGUCGGAGCGGAAUUUAUGCAAAUAUUCUCACGAAGUUCUCUCGGAAGACAACUUCAGAAUCCUGAAAAAUCAUCAGCUCUCUGGACUGAACAAAGAAGAAUUAGCAGUGCUUCUUGUUCAAAGUGACCCUUUCUUUAUGCCUGAGAUCUGCAAAAGUUACAAGGGGGAAGGUCGAAGGCAGAUCUGUAGCCAGCAGCCACCAUGUGAAAGACUCCACAUUUGUGAACACUUCACCCGAGGGAACUGUGGUUAUGCCAACUGCCUCAGGUCUCAUAACCUGAUGGACAGGAAGGUGCUGGCAAUCAUGAGGGAACACGGGCUGACCCCGGAGGUGGUCCAAAAUAUCCAGGACAUCUGCAACAGCAAGCACAACCGAAAGAAACCCUCCGGGUUGCGAGCUCCCUCACACCGCAGAGACACGGCGUACAGAGGUAGAAGCAAGAGCAGAGAUCGAGUCCUUCAGGACAAACUUGAAUUUCUUCCAUCUGCAUCAGUUUCUACCGCGAGGUCUGGCACACCCAGUCCUGAUCAUAUCGGCCGUAGGUCUCCCCAGGAUGAUGUGCUUAUAGAGGGUCUUGCCCACAAGUUUGUGCAUUUGGGAAGUCAGGAUGGCCCUCAGCCGUCCUCAGUCUCGUCUAAGAGUGUCAAUCUUGGAGGAACAGUUCAAGUGGGAGGAAGCCAGAGGUUUUCAGAGAAUGGCAGCCCAGAGCGCUUCUUCUAUGGGAAUCAAGUCUGUACUCCCCUCACUUCUGAUUUAACAUCAGCUUCCAACUGGAAGGGCCCCACAUCCUGGCUGAAUGACAAAGGUACCAGUAGAGAGAAUUUGUAUUCUCCGAGUCAAGCUGCCUCAUAUUCUUCUCUUGAUUCUCCACAAACACUUGACAACGGAGCCACCAGAAAGAGUGCAGGUCUGCUUUCCUCGGGCUAUACGACUAUCGAGGGCAGAAGUGGGAAUCAAGAUGGCCAGCAUUUCCCAACUUUUAAUAAUCAUUUUGAUGGACUGGCCACAGAUAUAACUGCCAUAAAAUCUUUCAAUUGCCAAAUGGCAACCAGUAGACAGAGAGAAAACUCGUUACCUAGGAAUCAGGAAACCAGAACUACUUACACUAAUCUUCAGACCAUCAGCAAAAUUAUAGAUGAUGCUGAACCGGGAAUAGCAUUUGUUACCAGUAAAGACAGAGAGAAGAUAUUAUGGACCAGUCCAUCCGUCCACAACACAUCAAAUGGCUCUAGUAAAGGUACAUAUGAAACUACUGAUAACGCUGGUGCCACUGGUUUUGGCUUACCAUCAGCAGUCAGAGGGGACAAUGGUGCAUUACGCUCUGGAAGUCAGAGUCUGAGAAGCCAGGUCCUACUCACACCUGGGGAGACCACUGCCCCCACACAAGUCAGCAUUCUGCCCAAGGCGCCACUUUCUACACCUUCUUCAAGCAGUAGAGCUACAAUCUGUGAGGCCCGUGGUCAGAACUCUGCUCAAAUCCCUACCAGUGAGCUUACAAAAAGGACCCCAGGCGGUGCUCUGAAUUCCAAAUUGGAUGUUGCGAGUACCACUUCUUCCGGGACAGGUGAUCAUGGCUCAAAGGAAAUUUGUCUUAACAGUCUGAUACGUAGCAGUUGUCAACUGAAAGGAUGCAGCAAAGUUCACUUCCGCCUGCCCUACCAGUGGCAGGUGUUAAUUGGAAACAUCUGGAUCGACUUCGAGCUAAUGGAGUGUAUUGAGAAGGCCUAUUGUAACCCUCAAUUCUCCAGCAUUUUUGUGGGAAAUGAUGAAAUCAAUUUCCAGAAAAUGACUUGUAAUUUAAAUCCCAUCCGACGUAUCUCCACGCCUUCAUCUGUCACGAUGCCGGAUAAUUCUGUCUUCACCACAAAAUGGAUUUGGUAUUGGAAGAAUGAAUUUGAUGAAUGGGUUGAAUAUGGGAAGAAGAAAGGCAAUCAGCAAAUUUCGACCGUCGACUCUUCCUACCUGGAGUCUUUUUUCCUGUUGUAUCCCAGGGGAAUUGUGACGUUUCAGGUGGGCUCACAGAACUACGAGCUGAGUUUCCAAGGGAUGAUUCAGACAAACGUCGAAUCCAAGACCCAAAGAGGUGUCGUUCGAAGGCCAGUGUUUGUGUCUGUCCAGGAGGUGGAGCAAAUUAGAAGUGGACUAGACCAUCAGCCGGCGCAGAUCCAGUCAAAGCCUUUAACUGCGACACUUCCUGAUCCGCGGAACUUUUCCACCCCAUCCUUGAAAAGAUACGAGUUAUCAGAGAUCAAUAUCCAGUGUCCCGAAUAUGCCAACAUAAGCGAGCAUUUUAAAGCAACCAUGAAAAAUGCCUCUAUUGCAAAGAUAAAGAAGAUCAAGAACGUGGAGCUCUUGAAUGCUUUUGAAAGGAAAAAAAUGAAGAUGAAGAACAGAAACGAAAAAAGGUUGUUCUGUGCAGUAGGCCGCGCCAAUGUGGAGUAUAUCUGUGCAAAUAAUUUUGAGUGGACCCUGCAUGGAACUUCUGAAACCAAAUAUGGAAAAGGAAAUUACUUCACAAAGGAUGCCAUCUGUGCCCAUAGCAAUUGCCAGUGUGAUCUCAAAAGCAUCGUUAUGUUUGUAGCCCGAGUCCUGGUUGGAGAGUCUAUUGAAGGACAUAAAAGUUACACGAGUCCUCCUGCACCGUAUGACAGCUGUGUGGAUACAAGGUUGAAUCCCUCCGUUUUUGUCAUCUUUCAGAAAGAUCAGAUUUACCCAGAAUAUGUGAUCGAAUAUACCGCAGGAGACAAAACCUGUGUGAUUAGUUAGAAAUGACGACUACAUCGUCAUCACGGGUGCCGUCACCGUUCGGUUCAGUUACAAAACCAGAUUACCCCAGAUAAUAGUUACAUACGCUAUUUUACAUUUCCUCGUGUAGUCAGCAAAUGUGCCUUAACUGAAUGGUUCCCAAACUUUGCUGUACAUUUGAUCAGCUGGAAACUUUAAAAAAUUUCAAUAUCCAAGAUGUACCCCGUUCCAAUUAAAGCACUGUUUCGAGGGAUGAGAGCCAGGCAGCGGUUAUUUUUUAAAUCCCCUGAGGAUUCAAAGGUGUCAUAAAGUUUGGGGACCACUGUCUUAAUGUAACUGGCAAAGACUGAUUGCUAAAACUUCUGUAAUUGCAACUUUCUCUCCCAACUACUCCUUUAGUUUACUGUAUGGCAUAAUUUCGUUUUUGUUAAAUUGAAAAAAAAUUAAUUUGGGAAAUUAGAGAGACAUCUAAAAAUGCUUGUUGAAGUAAGGACAUCAGAUUGGAUGGAAGAUUGUGAAAAGUUGUGUGUCGGGUGGAGGGGAAUGCUUAGGAAUAUGUGGGGGGAAAUAAUGAAGGUAAUUUAAAUGCUAUUACACACGUAGCUGCAGGAGUGUGCCUUUGUGGUAAAACUGAUUCAGGGCAUACCUUUCGUUAUCUCUACAUUUAUUUAGGGGACUCCAUCUAGGUUGACUCUGGAAUUCAAUUUAAAGAGCUGCCCAGUGUGGCUCAGAGAGAAGCAACCAACCGGAGUUAAUGGCCCAUUUGGGUUCUUUACAUAAUUAUGGCAAAGUAGACAUUUAUAACUUAAUCAGUAGAAGUCCAGAGCAGACUUUUUUCAGGUCAGUCUUUCAUGAAAUGUCUGUAUUUUGGGAGUACUGAGUUGUACUAACCAGAGUCACACGAGCAUGACUGAUAAACCUGAGUCCUACUGUAGUCGAUGGCUGUGGCAGAUGAGGCUGACCUAGGAGUUAGGACCAGGCCCAUCCUAUUGAAGGAUGGGCCCUCUAAGGAGGCGAGAUAUGUUUCCUGGUGAGCAUAGAAUCAGAACAAAGAGAAUAAUGCCUCAGUCAGGCCUGCACCUGAAGGGGCUUCUUUUUCUAAAUUUAACGGAUUGUACAAAAUUGUAGUACAGUGUUUAGAGCAGUUGAAGUGCCUGGACCAAGAGUUCCUUCCUUAUUCUGAAUCAGGCUUUUCCUUUCAAUUUCUUUCUUCAACAUUCCAUGCCAGUCGCCAAAAUCUGCUACAGUGCCUUCCAACAAACAUGUUACAAAUAUUAAUUAGCAUUAGAGACAUUAUAUUAGUCAGAUUUUUUUGAUCAGUGUGCCACAACUCCUUGGUUUAAAGGAUUCCACAGUAACGAAUGUAUAGAGAUUUUUUUUUAGCGUAGGGUUAUUUUCUGAGAGGCUUGCCACAAAUAGUUACUCUCUUAUUCACUUAUUUUUUUUUCACGGUAGCUUCUAUUUGGAGCUUUCAUUUCCUGGUCUUGACCCUCAUGUUGCAGAGAUCCAGUGGUAAUAUACUCUAGCUACACACAAUUUUAGAAAUAAAUUGAAAAUGAAAUAAAAUUAAUAUUAACAUAAAAGGGACAUAAAAGGGACAUAAAUUGGACAUGGCUAUAAUAAAGGACAAUUAAGCAGUCAGCUGUUUACAUUUACUUACAAUGAAUAAAUUGAACUUAAAGUAGAUCAGAAGCUAUUUUGUACAAAGAAGUAUGAGAAAAUGAAACAGCAGGGAUAUGAGUGGCCAUUAGAAUAAAAACUAGUGAUACAAUAACUUGUUUGCAUAUGUUAAUACUUAUUUCUAUAAGAACGCAAUAGUCUUAAUUGAAAUAAAGAUACUAUGCAAGAAAAUUGACAGAUUGUCGAAAUGGAGAAAAUGAGGAAAUAUAUGUUUGCAGACGAGCUGUAGAUCAUACACGAAUGUCUAGUGUGAGACAUUCAAAAUUCGUAUAGGGUGCAGAAUAAUUCCUUAACUGAGGAACUGUCCGAUGUAUUGCCAGAUGUUCAGCAUACUUGGCUCUCACAUACUAAAUGCUAGGAGCACCCUCCCCUACUCCCAGUUACUGACAACACAAACCCAAUCAGAUCUAGUCACCUUUUUCAGAGCAGAUUUUUUGUAACAUCCCCUUUGCUGUCCUGAGAUGAUUCAUAGAUAAUAUAAUCUACUUAUACACAUACAUUUCUUUACAAAUCAGUUUACUACCUUAACUCUUACUAUAAUGGAGAAACAGAAGGAAAGAAAUUUGUAAUAAAAAUAAACUGAAUUUCCACAUAUAAGUGCUCAGGCAUCACUACGCUAUAUGACAUCAUGAAAUAGAUAUUUACUCCUACUUAUAGUGAAUAGGUUUGGAUUUAGGAGUCGACAGAAGCUACUUCCUGUAAAGAAGUACAGAAAAAUGAAAGAUGAGAGGUAUGGGUGACACUAGAAUGAAGACCAGUAUUAGGGUAAGUCAUAACAGGCCAUAUACCUUAUCUGUAUAUGGUAAGGGAAAGAGCGAAGUACCUUAUUUUAAAUAAGGGUAAUAGGACAAAACAAAUUAUAGAUUGUUUAAGAGGGAAAAAUUGACUAUAUUUCUUAGUCGAGCUGUAAGUCCUACAUAAAUGUCCAGCAGGAUAUUAAAAUUAAAAUGUCCAGCAGGACAUUAAAAAGUCGUAUAGGUACAGAAUAAUUCUUCGUUGUGUGGGGCUAACCCAUACACUGCAGGACUUCUGCUACCGUGUUUCCCGGAAAAUAAAACCCGGUCUUAUAUAGCAUAAUAUAAUGUAGGACUGGAUCUUAUAUUAAUUUUUGCUCCAAAAGAUGCAUUAGAGCUGAUGGUCCGGCUAGGUCUUAUUUUCGGGGAAACAUGGCAUCUCUGGCUGCAUCCACUCAGUGCCAGGGACGGUCCUCAAUACAUGAGAAUCACUGAGUCAGUUAAUAUCUAGCAUCUUGAGAUUUGCUUGUUACCUCCAUAAGGAGUCCUGUAGAUUAGACAGGAUGCUUGCUUCCCAAAUCCCCAUUUUAAAAAAUACUUUGUGCCUUGCUGUAUUCAUUUUUAGUAUCUAUCCAGCUUGAAGUUGUCUGCUUUCCGCAUUAGAAUGUAAGCUCCUUGAGGGCGAGGUUAACUUGUCUUGUGCAUUGUGCCACAAUGCUGAAUGCUUACUGAUAACUUUGCAUAUACUUUUGCAUAUAACUUUGCAUAUAAUAUUGCAUAUGAAAUAUACUGAUAACUUUGCAUAAAUUUGGUUGAAUAAAAUAAGCGCAACUAUUAUAUUUCAGAAGUUGAGUUUUAUUUCUCUUCUUCUUCAAGCUCAAUUUGAGACUCUAAUAAAAAGAAAUACUAAUUUU